GUGCUGUUGUCGUAGUCGUGGUGUGAAGUGUUGUCGCGAAAACUCUUGGAUAGUCUUACCACCACAUAUCUCUGCUUUUCGAGGAUUUCAUUGGUUCUGUAGACUUCACAGACGAGGCAAUUACUUGGGCCGAACCAGUGAUCUUCAAAUUGAUAGAUGUAGCAGAGCUGCCGCUGAAUACUGCGGAAGAUUUUAGUGCCAAGUGUCGUGAAAAAAGCCAAAGUGUUAGUGAAUCAUGAGUUCUCCAUCAAGACGUUCCAGGAGGAGGAGUUUACGCCCAAGUGGCGCGGUGGUGCGAGUGUCGACGUGUCGGAACGUGUCAUGAAGGUUGAAGACACGCGUGUUGAGAUGGCGAACACGGCCGUGUCCGUGCGGUCGUACCAAUCAGCUGAGCGCUGCUCCACCGCGCAUUCCUUCUACAAGGGCAGCGUCAGCAGCUGCAGCAAACUGUCAGCUUGCAGCCGUGACGAGAACUUGACUCCGAGGAUGUUCUUGGACAGGUACUCAUUGCCGCGGGUGGUGAACAUCGUUCCUCAGGAGCCGGUGUCAGUGGACUCCGAGGAGGCCGGUCCCAUGGCGCUGCUGCAUGGCCAACUCCUCAUGUUCAGGCAGUACCGCAGUGGCAAGGUGGAGGCGAGGAGUGAGGUGAAGACCAAGCACGGGUCAGACCUCGUCUCUCUAGUCGUCAUACCUGACACCUACCAGGGAUGGUUCUCGGUGGUGACCGAGCGUGGGCAGGUGAAGGCAAGAUGCUACAACUCUGUACAUCGUCUGGUCACAGCACAAGUGACAGCUUUCCUCUGCAUGAGUGACAUUGUGGGGUACACCCUCAACAACCGAACCAGCGCAGAUGGAACAAGGCAACAGUACACCAAGACAAACAUCAGAAGUGGUCAAGUAUUAAAACUGCUUGCUGUCUACCAAGACUUGGCAAACCAGUCCACUCGCAGUAAGAGGCUCUCGUGGCCUCUGAUUGGUCGAACGGAGGCUAACAGAUACGCUCAGUGUCUCACAAGUACUGACCAGGUGCUGUACAUUCCUGUUACAACCCAUGGACAGUUCUACGCAAUCGCCACUGCCAACACGACCAACGAUGAUACCGUUAGCAAGGUCUACCAACUGAACAAACUGUUGCGGACCUUCCCACUGCCUGUUAGAGUGCGCAUCAUUUCCAUGCAAAAACCGCAAGGUUCAAUGCUUUUGGAAACCUACAAGAAGGAGGAUGUGAUAUUGACUUGCAUUCUACCUUCGCGGGACGAUGAGACAAGCAGCAGCCAAUACAGGUUGUUGGAGAUUGACGUCAACUCAAGAUUCUACGUUCUUCGCUUGGGUCGUCGGGACUCAGACGAGAGGCGGGUCUUCCAAUCGCCAUUGGUACAAAACGCUUUGAGGUACUGCAGAGAAAACAGUGACAAAUGGUGUAGGCAGCUGAAAGUGAUUCAUCAUAUUUACCCGAAGGAGCACUUAGAGAAACAGGAGGAGAAGGAAAAACCGACAACAAAAUCAAGGAAAAUAUCUCUUGGUGAUAAGAAAACAGUUAAGUCUGCUUCGUUUCGGUUUUCUGCUUCUAUGCCUGAAGAUCUACGGCCGAUUAAUCGGCCGUUACCGAGAAGACCUGAUCAGACGUCGUCUAGACCACAGCCGACUCUGAGAGGUGAGGUGGAAGUGCACGACAACCAACACUUGUACUCAAAUGUAGCGGAGGAAGUAGAAGAACCACAGUCACUAAGAUCUCAGGUGGUCGCAGAGCAUCAGAUGGUCUGGGCCACUCCAAUCAACAACACUUCCCCGGAGAACAGUUCUACCAGGAAACUGGUAGAGAGAACUCCUCCGAAGAGAGACACCCGAGUAACACCUACACCUUCGAUAAGCACCAGAGUAACACCUACGCCUUCAAUAGGCACCAGAGGAACACCUACGCCUUCAAUAGGCACCAGAGUAACACCUACACCUUCGAUAGGCACCAGAGUAACACCUACACCUUCGAUAGGCACCAGAGGAACACCUACGCCUUCAAUAGGCACAAGAGUAACACCUACGCCUUCAAUAGGCAGUAUAGACGAACGGUUGAGUGAGGAGUUCAAAACUAAAAUUGUAGUUCACGGUGUAAGAGUACCCGGUUUUGACGAGAGCAACUAUGCGGACAGAAACUCUAAAUACAGAGUCGUUCGAAAACCUGUGAAUGCUCCUGAGGUGAGGGUGAAACCAUUCUACAAAACGCGAGUUCAAAUCGGUCCGGAUUACUCGGCAGGCUCGGACAUUCCUUACUCGGUGGUUGUGGAUCAGGUUUCCACCGCUGAUGACAAUGUUUACGCUGAGAUCGGUGACUCCUACCCGACCCACGACAGACGCUACUUCUCUUUCAACUACCAGCGCAGAUUGAACCAUAGAUAUGACUACCAGACAGGUGGAAGUGACGGAACAUUCUCUGGCACGACGACUUCGUCUUCAAACGCAGAGGAAUCAUCCGUCUGAUGAUCAGUUGUGGUUAUAAAUUCAAGCAAUAUGUAAACUUAAACAGUUUUGUGUUGAUAGUUCAAAAUGUGAAGGUUGUUUGACCAAAUUAUUCUAGAAAAAGAUAAUUGAUAAAUUAAUUCCAUUUAUCUCAAAUUAUUUCUUAUAGAUCUGCUGUAGAAGCUUUAAUACUGCGAAUUCACAAAUUUGAUAAUACAUCAAGUUUAAAUUGCAUUAUGAUUUACAGAAAUUUACUUACAAAUUUGUGAUCUUGAAUUAAAAUUAUAAGAAAUACGCCUACCAUGAUUCAAAAGCAGAAAAAUUGAACAUUCUUUAGUUAAAGCAGCUUUUCAUGAUUAGCGAUAUUUUAUAAAAUUUAUAUUGUAUUUAAUGUUAAAACUAAAAACAGAAACUUUUCUAGAGUGUGUAUAAAAAAAAUUACUUUUUUUCUUUGGAGUUAUCACACAAUUCUUGUAAAUAGGUUAGUUGUGUAAAUACAUGUUUUAUACAUUCAAAAUCAAUAGAUAAAUAUAGAUUUAAAAUAAAAAAAACAUGAGUAAAUGCAAUAUAAGAAAGUGUUUAUACGAUGAAUUGAAAUAAGGCAUGAGAAUUGAGCUGAGUUUGGAAAAUGACAAGUAAAAUGUGCUCAAAUAUUGAUAUGUACAUAUUUGCAAAAACCUGUAUAUACUUUGUGUAGGCCUACUACCUUAGUUGGUCACUGUACUCUUAAAUCUAGGCCAGUUUGUCAUCUAUAAUUUUGAUCCAAAAUCUAAAAUCAAAUGGAAUCUAUUACGAAUUUGGUGUUGAUUUUGUUUGAUUUUAAAAUUCAUAUCCCAUCAAGUAUUUCAAAGUUACAUAUUGUAUUUGAGUUGCUAUCAUCUCUCAAAUUUUAACACGUGUUGACCAACGGUAUCUUAUUUUGGAUUUCCUUUGCAUCCCAAACUAGACAAACUAGAAAAUGAUUAAAUUGUGAUUAAUUCUGACAAUAGACUAUUUCCGACUUUAAGGUUUGAACCAGUUUCCAAGGGUCAGAACAUUCCUAUUCCUUUUUACUAUAAAUGUUGAAAAAAGCAACAUUUUUAUUGUUGAAUCUAACAAAAGGUAAUAAAAGUGAAUACAUAUCUCUAUCAGUAAUACUGAUUUUACAUUACCACUAUGAUAUUUUCUAUUUGUUACCAAAUAGUCAUGUUGUAUAUUCAUUUGUACAAAUA